AUGGCUGAGCAACAGUUGAUGAAGCAUGCUGGGAAUGAGCUUCUCCACAACCUCCGGGCUUCAAAUGAGGAGCUUUUGGAAAAACUUCAAAGAUUAGGGGUUGUUCUAUCUAAUCAAGGGCAAUCGGAAUCAUUUCAUGAAGCACUUCAACCAUCAAUCAAGGCACUAUUUGCUGAUGAACUUGUACAACAUGCUGAUUUGGAAGUGAAAAUCUCAACAGCAUACUGCAUGAGUGAGAUUUUGAGAAUAACAGCUCCAGAUGAACCCUGUGAUGAUAAAUCAAUGGAGGAAUUUUUUCGGCUUGCAAUAAUGGCCUUCGGGAAGUUGGCAAACAGUGAGGAUUGCUGUUACUCAAUGGCUGCAUCAAUUCUUCGGACUUUUGCUGAAUACAAGCUGUGUGUGAUAAUGUUGGAUCUUGAGUUGGACACAUUGAUUGUAGAGAUGUUUCAGCUAUUUCUGGAUUCCAUUUGCCCCAACAAUGCACCAUACAUGGAGGAAAUCAUGACAAUGAUAAUUGAGGAAAGUGAAGAAAUCUCUGUGGAUCUUCUAAAUAUCCUCCUAACUACUGCAAAGAAGAAUCCUCUGAAUCUUUCUUACAUUUUGGGAGAGAGAAUUUUUAAUAAUUGCAAUGCUAAACUGCAAUUAACAUGGCAGGAGGCAAUUGAAAGAGAAAAUUUGGAAAACAAGGAGCUUGCACCUAGAGAUGAUGUUGGCUCAUCUCAGAAUGCACUACCAAGGUUGCCUUACCCGAAAGAGCUUUUGCCCAGCAGGGGUUGUCUUCCAUCAUCAGAUUCGCCCAACAUGUCUGCCCACGAUGCAUCUUUUAAUACUCAAACUAGGAGAAGAGUGCGGAAGCCAAAUUCGUUGAUGAAGCCAGAGGAAGGGUAUGAUCUCACUUGGAUCAAUGCUGAACGAAGAUCUGAUAAAACUCCCUGCCAAGUCAAACCAAGCAAGAAAAGAACUGCUCGUCCUCCAAAACAUUCGGUUUCUAUGGGAGAUUUCUCAUCAGUGUCUCAAAGUCUCAACUCUAUUCAAGACUUGAGCACUAGAGAAAGCUGUGCAGGAGAAGAAAACAAACUGAGUGGUGAAACCUCCAAAAAGAGUAAGAGGAAGUGUUCUCCUUCAGAAAAGGCAGCGAGACCGCUAGCUGAAGACCUGGUUGGUUGCAGAAUAAAAGCUUGGGAGCCGAAAGACAAGAUGUUCUAUGAAGGUAGUAUCACUUCUUAUAACAAAUCUGAAAAUAAGCACAGGAUCAAUUGUGAUGAUGGAAGUGUAAAAGACAUGAAUCUUUCAGUAGAACGCUGGGAACCCAUCAGAGAUGAUGCUGAUGAACAAAAGACUUUGGCAGCUGUUGAUGAAAAGUUAUAUCCCUUAAUAAAUAGGUAUCAAUAUCCAAGAAGAAAGACCGGUUUUAGAGUGUACAGAUCUGCACUUACUGAAGAGAGUAAGUAUUUAGUGAGCAAAGCAGGGGGAGAAGUUGCAGCUAGCAGAGACAAGCCAGGAAGAUGA